UGGGAGAAGGCUUCGCUACAAGGAAGCGAGAGAGACUACUGCUGGACAAAUUUCCUGUCUGCGAACACUAUGAAGAUGAUUAAAGACAUGAAGAAACAGUUUUCCGGACUAUUGUAUGAAAUUGGUUUCCUCGAUUCUACAAACCCCACGGCUUUUUCCGCUAAUUACAAUUCAGAGAAUUUAAAACUUGUUAAAGCCAUACUGUGCGCGGGGCUGUAUCCAAAUGUUGCUAAAUUAGAACAUCAUUCAAGGCUAAAAAGACCUCCAAUUAUUCGAACACAGCAGGAUGGCAGAGUGUGGCUUCAUCCCAAAUCAGUCAAUGCUCAAGUCACAGUUUUUGAAGACAACUGGUUGAUUUAUCAUGAAAAGAUGAAAUCAUCCUCGGUACGCUUACUGGACCUCCUGCUUGAAAUUGUGAUACAUAGUUACAGUGCACAUGCAUAACCUGCGUGCAGUCUUCGUGUUUAAUUCACCUAGCUGGGUUCUUCCACUUAGAAAGAGAAUUUGGCGUCUGCGUGAUAACUUACAAUUAGUUCUCUGUGGAAUGUGUA